CAAUUCAAAGUGCAAUCCUGCAGAAUAUAUCAUUCAUGAGCAAUUCAAAGAUACAGUUAUGCAUGGUGUUGGAACAGGCUGCUUCUGCAGAUCCUGUUCAAAGAACUACUGGGCAGAGUGUACUUGGCCAAUGGGAAAAGGCUUCUCAGUUUCACUCUACAUUACAAGACAUUUACUUUGAUCAAACUAUUGAUGUUAAACUAAGAUCACUGGCAAUUAUCUACUUGAAAAAUGGAAUUGCCAGAUAUUGGAGAAAAACUGCCGAGCAUGCAAUUCAGUUGGAAGAAAAAGAAAUUAUUAGACAAAAACAGCUAACCAAUAUGGACGAGUCGAACAAAAAACUUGCAAUACAACAAGCUCUUGUUACAGCCAAGAUCUCCCGAACGGAUUUUCCAAAUGACUGGCCAGAUCUAUUGCAGACAUUGAUUCCUAUUGUGCAAGCCAGUUUUAGAGUUUCUGCACCUUUGGAUCAAACGGCAAGAAAUAUACAGCAUAAUUCUCUUUAUACUUUACAUCAUGUAGUCAAGACGCUAUGUUCAAAAACUCUUCCAUCCAGUCGUCGACUUUUGCAUCAACUGGCUCCCGAGCUUUUUAACUUUGUUUCAUCAAUAUUUUUUGAUGAAGCAAACUCAUUUGUAACCACUAUACAGCAAGUUGAUGUCAGCGAUCCUACCAAUCAAAUUAAUGAUAAACUGGUUCUUGUUCGGUAUGCACUAAAAUGCCUGAGGAGACUUGUUGUUCACGGAUUUCAAGAUCCUGACAAAAUUCCUGCAGUGGCAGAGUUCAUAGGCAGCUUGACACGCUAUAUGCAAACUUUUAUGCAAUUUCGCCAAACUCUACCCAAAUCUUCAUCAGGACUCUAUGCUACUUUGUCUUCUUUUUGUAUUCUUGUUGAAAGCACUCCUCAAGUUCAAGUAACCACCGAAUAUUUAGACAACGAGACGGUUGAAAGGAUCAUGAUUCAAGCCCUUCGACUCUUGAAAAUGUUUAUCAAAAACCCAUCCUUUAAUACCAUUUCCCAAGUUCACAAGGAUGAGCGUAUGAAUUCGGUUAUUCAAAUACUGGAUACUCAACUUUUUAAGCAAGAUCAGGUUGUGACAUUUGCAAAGCUGUUGGUCUCACACUACAUUCGUCUUUCUGAAGAAGAUUUGACAAGUUGGGAAGAUGAUCCAGAAUCAUUUAUACAAAGCGAAGAUUCAGAUCAGUGGGAAUUCAGUAUCAAGUCUUGUGCCGAACGUGUACUGAUGGACCUUGUUUCAAAAAACCGCGACUUGCUUUGUCCUAUCCUUGUAUCAAUGCUUCGUGAAGCUUCUGUUCCGACAACACAAAGCAAUAUUUUGCUCAAGGAUGCCGUAUACUCUAGCAUUGGUCUUACUGCGCAUGAUCUUUUUGAUUGGCUUGAUUUUGCUGAUUGGACACGUACACACUUGGUUCAUGAAGUUUCAAGAAAGGAACCAGAGUUUAAAAUUAUUCGUCGUCGGGUUGCAUGCAUCAUUGGACAGUGGGUUCAAGUAAAGGCUCCUGAAGAUUUGCGGUCCACACUUUAUCAAAUUCUUUUGUCUUUGAUGGGUAGAGAUGAGGAUCUAGUAGUACGUCUAAGCGCCGUCAUCAAUCUGCAGCGCUGUGUUGAUGAUUUUGAUUUUCAACCUCAAUCAUUUCAGCCCUAUCUUGAAUCCAAUGUCACUGCAUUUAUCCAGCUAUUAGAAGAUGUAGACGAGUUUGAAAACAAGAUGAAGAUUAUCAACUGUCUUGUUGUUAUUAUUGAGCGAAUGGAUGAACAGGCAAGAGUGAUUGGCAAGCUUUUAAAGGCACUUCGAUCAGAAUCAAUAAAAUUAAACGAAAUAGUCAUGCCUAUUUUGCAGCAGAGUGUUGAUACUAGCAAGCCUGGCCAUUUGUACUUGGUGGAAGAAGGAAUUAUACUAUGGUUGACAAUGCUUCAAAAUGCAACGACAUGCACUUCUUCAUUGCUUGAGCUGGUACCAUAUGCUACACAGCUUAUGCAAAGUGAUGGCGAUAACCUAAAGCGUAUUUUGCGUAUCAUUGAGGCCUAUAUUGUACUAGACCCUGUUGCUGUUAUGCAGAUGGGUGCUGUUUCAAUCAUGUCCACGAUUACUCAAAUGCUCGGACAACUCAAAGCAGAAGCAUCUAGUGCUUUGCUGCGAGUUGUUGAUAUCGCACUUCAAGGAUGUCACGCAGCUCAGUGUUUCCCCUCUAUUUGUCAAGUUAUACUAUCUAGUGGUCUAUUGUCUCGCCUCGUUCAAGUCGUAAUUGAAAAUACCGAAAUGAGUAUUAUUACUGUGGGAUUCCUUUCCAUCUUGGCCCGUAUUGCUGUCUACGAUCCCAUUUUUCUAACAACAUCGAUUCAGCAGAUUGGAUCUAAUUCUAAUCCACCCAUUAUGGACAUUUUGGGUCAGUUGUUGGAUCGUUGGCUUGAAAAGGUUGAUGCUAUGGGCCAUGGUAAACAGCGUAAACUUACCGCUCUUGCCAUGAGUAAUCUGCUCGGUACUGCCCACCCCAUAGUACUUGCUCGUAUUGACGGCGUGUUUGGUGUGCUAACUAGCAUUUCUAGCCAGUUGCACAAUAUGUCGGUAGAUGAAUCUAUUGCAUUUGCAUACGAUGUGCGCGACGAAGAUGAUGAUGAGUUUUCAUUGGACAAAAAGCGCCAAGAUGCACUCAUGGUUUUGGACCCAGUCUAUACCAACGACUCUCUUGCCCAAUACAUGAGACUAAAUUUGGCUGCAUUGGAGCAUGAACUUGGCAGUCAGCAAGCAAUGAAACAGCUUUUAUCCAUGGCUGAUCCAGAUCUGCUUCUCCAAAUAAAACACUUUUUGAAAUGAUGGCAUUAGUCGAUACGCCAGUCAGGGUCAUAUAAACCAGUACUUGCCCAUUUACACUAAAAAUAAAGUGAAAUGUUACAU